GCCAAUUAUAUAUUAAUGAGUGUUUGGCUUGUGGUAGGAAACCAGGGUAUGCGGAGAAAACCCACCCAUACAAGAGGAUAACAUUCAACAUUGCCAUCCCCUGGGCACCUCGCCUGCCCCAUGCUUAGAACACUUGUUGCCAAUCCUGACUGGUCACCCAUCCAAGUAGCAGCCAGGUCCAACAGUGCUUAGCUUUUGAGAUCUGACAAGCUUGGGUGCAUUUAGGGUGCUUUGUUCAUAGCAAAUUCACAUAAGGGUUUGAGGUCACGUCUUCAAGAACUGAAAUAGUUUAAACUGAACCUCAGCCCUUAACUCUAAGCAAUAACCUCAGCACAAUUUCAGCUUCUUCGGGGAAUAAUGGGAACAAAGGUUGAAGCAGUUCACCAUACUAUGGACAUGGCGACCCGAGUUCAAUUCUUGGCCAACAACUCAAAUCAGUGCCCAGUGGUAUCCUCAUAUAAUCCUGGCUUCCCUCAACUCCUUACGCAACCUGCACCGAACAGCGUGGUGAAUUAUGGACAAACAGCCUCCGUGACUGCCACGACGUGCAGAAAGCCUUCGCACGGCAUUGGGUUUGACGAAGUUUGAAUUUACGGGAACCCGCUGCGAACGUCUGGUUCGCAAAGCCCUGCAAGUGAUGCGAGGGGCGGCUGAUAGUGGAUACAACGAUCCUCUCGCCCACCUUAACACCGCUGAGCCCUGCACCCCCUCUAUUCAAGCUUCCCAGGGUGGGGUUUCUUUUGCACUUCUGCAUGCAAUCACGCAGGCGCAUUUCCCCCAGCCCCCACCUAACUUCAUUCACUGCCUGGUGUGCGCGCUGGCUAGCAGCUGAGUGAGACAUUUGUAAGCCGAUACCAUGUGGUGGAGUGUCUCCUUCUUGCUCCUGGUCCCACACCCCCAGGGCACACUCUCCACUCCCGUGUCGAAGCGUCAGGCCGAUCAGUGGGGACCGUGGGGAGACUGGGCGGCCUGCAGCCGCAGCUGUGGGGGAGGCAUCACCCACCGCGAGAGGCCCUGUCUCUACCUGAGGGAUGACGGGCAGCCCGAAUGCUUCGGAUCGACAAGAAUGUACAGGACCUGCAACGUACAGGCAUGCCCCGAGGGCUCCCGUCCGUUCCGCAACGUGCAGUGCUCUGAGUUUGACGAGGUUCCAUUCGAAGGGCGAACGUACAAGUGGGUGCCCUACCAUGGAGGGACCAAGCGCUGUGAGCUGAACUGCAUGCCCAAGGGGGAGAAUUUCUACUUCCGUCACGCAUUGGCGGUGAUCGACGGAACGCCGUGCGAGCUGGGAAAGUCAGACAAGUGCGUCGAGGGCAUCUGCAUGCGAGUCGGCUGCGACGGUGAGCUGGAGUCGGACCGUGCAGAGGACAAGUGCCGCGUGUGUGGAGGCGACGGCAGGACCUGCUACCCGGUCUCGGGCGUGUUCACCAAGUCCCAGCUGCCUAUAGGCUACAGCCACGUGGUGCUCGUCCCAGCGGGAGCCACAAGCAUCCUCAUAAAAGAGAUGAUUCCGAGCAGGAAUUUCCUCGCGGUGCGCACUCUGCGAGGCGAGUACCACCUGAACGGGGACUGGACGGUCGACUACUCGCAGACGUUCACCGCGGCCGGCACGACGGUGGAGUACGACCGCAGCGAGGGCAGCCACCGCUCGGCGCAGAGCGUGCACGCCAGCGGCCCCACCACGGAGCCCCUGCUCGUCGAGCUGAUCAGCCAGGAGGAGAACAAGGGCAUCCACUACGAGUAUUUCAUGCCCGCGAAACGCAAUCGUGCCCAGCUCGGUUACGGAUGGAGCCACGGGUCGUGGGGCUCCUGCGGCAAGGAAUGUAGCGGAGGGUUUCAGACCCGGACGGUGUACUGCUCGUCGGAUAAUGAGGUCCUGCCAGACGCAUACUGCGCGGGGGACAUCAGGCCGGCCAGCAACCGCUCCUGCAAUACUGACCCCUGCCCCGCUGUCAUCCGGCUCGCAUUCAAGUAUAGACCUGUGGAGGGGCACAGGCCACACAUUGCCCCGUGGAUGGACUACAGUUGGCGCGUCGGGGACUGGGGCAGCUGCUCCGUCACUUGCGGCGCAGGUGAGCAGACGCGGCCCGUGCGUUGCAUGAGCUCCGGCCGGAAUGGCAGUGUCGGUGGCCAAGACGGGCGGGUACCGUCCUCGGCAGCUGCUACUGCUGCUGCUCCUGCUGACGAGUCGGCGUGCCUCGCCUCCCUGGGGCCUGCCCCGGCCUCUCGGCAGAGCUGCUCCCUCCAGCCCUGCCCACAGUGGAUCAUUGGAUCCUGGGAGCCGUGCUCAGCGGAGUGUGGACAGGGCCGCCAGCAGCGCCAGGUGUUGUGUGGAUCCGGCGACGGCGGCUGUGAGCAGCAGGGGGCACCACCCUCCGAGCGGGAGUGCAACCUGGGUCCAUGCCGCAACCCCGAGUGGAGCGUCAGUCCCUGGAGCGAGUGCUCGGCGACGUGCGGCACCGGCGUGCAGACCCGGGCGGUGACGUGCGGCCCGCCGGCACCCAGGGGCGCUCAGCUGGCGCGGUGCAGCCCCGCCAGCACGCCCCCUGCCAGGCAGCCGUGCGAGCGCGCCGCGUGCCCCGCUCGGAGCUUCGGCUGGUUCGAGGGGCCCUGGGGGCUGUGCUCGGUGAGCUGCGGCGGUGGCCUGCGCAAGCGCCAGGCCCUCUGCUACAACGAGGACUUCGAGGUGAUGGACCCGCGGAUGUGCGGCGAGGAAGGCCAUCCCACCGAGGAAGAGGGCUGCAACACUCAGCCGUGCUACCUGCCGCAGGAAGUUCCGAGCCAGCCGAACCCCUUGGGAUUUGACAGCACACAGCACCGGGUUUACUCCCUGCAAGGAGGCGAGCCAGCUUGGGGACAGUCCGAGCGAGUGGACCAGCGUCCCGAGCGAGUGGACCAGCGUCCCGAGCGAGUGGACCAGCGUCCCGAGCGAGUGGACCAGCGUCCCGAGCGAGUGGACCAGCGUCCCGAGCGAGUGGACCAGCGUCCCGAGCGAGUGGACCAGCGUCCCGAGCGAGUGGACCAGCGUCCCGAGCGAGUGGACCAGCGUCCCGAGCGAGUGGACCAGCGUCCCGAGCGAGUGGACCAGCGUCCCGAGCGAGUGGACUGCGCUGGCUCCUAUUACGGCUGCUGCCCCGACGGGAGGAACCCGGCGCACGGCCACCGCGGCGAGGGCUGCCCCGACGUCUCCUGUUACCAAACCAGAUUUGGCUGCUGCCCCGAUGGCGUGAAUGCAGCCAGGGGGACCGAUGCCCUAGGCUGCCCCUCGGGAUACGAUGGAGGAGAGGAGCACGGGCCCGAGGAGGAGCCCGCCGGACGGCAGGAGGCCCACGGGAGGGAGCCCGAGCGCCCGCGGGAGCCGGCGGUCGCAGCCGGCCAGCCGGCUGAGCGGGCUGCCCAUCCUCCUGUUGCGGACGAUUGCCACGGACAGAGGUUCGGCUGCUGCCCUGACCACGUGUCCCCGGCACAGGGACCCAACGGGGAGGGCUGCUCGGGCAUCCAUGACGGAGCGCGGCCUGCGUGCAGCCUGCCCAGCGCCAGGGGCGCGUGCGCCGACUACGCGGCGCUCUGGUACUGGGUGCCGGCGAACGGCGCCUGCAACCGCUUCUGGUACAGCGGCUGCGACGGCAACGUCAACCGCUUCGACUCGGAGGAGGCGUGCGUGCGGGCGUGUGCGGCGCAGACCGCCGAGCGGCAGCAGGAGCCACGGCGGGCGCAGAGCGCCGCCACGCAUCGCCACCGCCACCACCAGGCGCAGAUUCAGCAAGAGGAGCAUUCCUUUGAGACGCAUCACCGGGAAGCUGAGCACAAGCCUCAGCCAGAUAGCGGAGACAGGCCCAGUCAGCCAGUCUACAGCCUGUGGAUCGAGCGGGACGACCCCACGGCGGUGGAGCGCCCUCUCGGGCACGCGACCGAGCUCCUGUGCCGUGCCCAGGGCUCGCCCGGCGUCGCGCUGGAGUGGAUGAAAGACAGCAGAGCCAUCGACCCUUCCCGGUAUGUUGUGCUGCUCAACGGCUCCCUCUACAUCCAAGCGGUGGAAGAGGAGGAUGCUGGGAUAUACACCUGCCGCGCCAGCAAUGGGCAACAGCAGGAGUUCCGCCAGGUGCAACUGAGCAUCAUGGCCACAACCUCGUCGGCUGAAAAGCCUCCGGUCAGGGAAGCCGAUAACUCUGCCGCGGUGGUCGAAGCGCGCGCCGGUUCGUCCGUGCGGCUGCCCUGCCGCUACGCCGCGUCCGAGCCGGCGCCCCGCCCCGUCUGGAGGGACGGCUCGGGGAGGGCGCCGACCGGCCGGCGCUUUCGGCAGCUGGCGGACGGCUCGCUGGUGAUCUCGGCGGUGGUGCCCGGCGACGCGGGGACCUACGCCUGCGAGCUGGAGACGAGGCUCGGGGCGGCACGCAGGCGGUCCAGCCUGACGUUGAAGGUCAAAGGAGUGCUCUCCAUCGUGAAGCCGCCUGGCGACGUCGAGGUGGAAGAAGGCGACGAGGCCACGUUUCCCUGCACCGUGUCCGACAAGAAAGCUAAUGUCAUCUGGACCAGGAACGGGGUGUCGCUGACAUCCGGGGAGGUCGGCGGAGGCCGCGUGCUCGUGUCCGGCGACGGCAUGCUGGUGCUGCGCAACGUCCACAGCAGCGACGCCGGCCGCUACACGUGCAACGCGUACAGCGGCUCCCGCUCCGUCAGCGCCAGUGCGCACCUCACCGUGCAGGACACGUCUGCUUCUGUACCUCGUGGUGAUGGUGGUGGUGGUAUCGUCAACGGUGCUUCUUUCGGUGAUGCUGGUGGUGGCGAUACUCGUGAUGCUGGUGGUGGUGCCGCCAUCGAUGCGUCUGCUGGGCUCUUGGGCACCGCCAGCACUGCCAGCGAGAGGUCCUGCAUUGACCGGCCAGAGCUGGCCAACUGUGAACUGGUGGUGCAGGCCAGCCUGUGUCACAACGCAUAUUACACGAGAUUCUGCUGUGCCAGCUGCACCGCGCACGCGCCGUCAAGACGCGCAACUCGCCAGCGAGCCAUGCGCUCGGGGGCAGCCUGAUGGCCCAAUGGAUGUCACUGCUCGAAUGAAACGGACCCUCGGCUACGAAGGGCAAUCACCGAGGACCAAAGAGAUACUGGGGCUUGCUGUAUUAAGUUGAGCAGUAAAUGCAAUGUGAAAGCUGAUAUUUUUUGUAGGAGGGGGAAAGGUGGAAAGGAUCACGGUUAUAAAAAAAAUAUAGAAGUAGAAUUUAUAACGGUGACACUUUCCCAAACUUCAGGUCGCGACUGCCGAGAUAGCUUAGGAAAGGCUUCCCAGAAGGGUCAAAGAAGCCAAUAAAA